AUGUUCGUCAGGCUAGCAGUGCUGUGCGCGCUAGCCGUCGGCUGGGUAUCAGCCCAGGCCUACAAGCCCGACUACCAGAAUGAGUACGUCGCCAGCGAGGAUUUCCUGCUGAAGCAGAAGCGAGUUUUUCAAAUUCUCUAUCACGUGACGCAGCCGCGGCUCAAAGCCGACCUCUACAAAGAAGGCCAAGAAUUCAAAAUCGAAGUUCACAACUACAUCAACAAGGACGCGGCCAAAGAAUUCUUGCACCGCCUGGAGCACGGCAUGCUGCCUCACGACACGGUCUUCUCGAUCUAUUACCCGAGGAUCAUCGAGGAGACGGAGUGCGUGUUCAAGCUGAUGUACUCUGCCAAGGACUUCGACACCUUCUACAAAACGGCGCUGUUCCUUCGCAACCGGCUGAACCACGGCUUGUUCGUUUACUCGUUCUACUUGGCAGUGAUCCACAGGCCCGACACGAAAUACAUCAGACUGCCGGCUCCGUACGAGAUGGCGCCUCACUUGUUCUACAACGACGAGCUCCUGGAGAAAGCCCACCACGUGAAAGAGCUGGGCCAGUUAGAGGAGAAGCACAGCGCCGGCUACGACUGCUACAUCCUGCCGUACAACUACUCGAACCACUACCUGAGCGACGAGUACAACUACGAGCAGAAGCUCAACUACUUCACCGAGGACAUCGGCCUCAACGCCUACUACUUUUACCUGCGCAAUCAGUUCCCGUUCUUCCUGAGUAGCGAGGAGAUGGGCUGGCCGAAGACCUUCCGCGGCAUGGAGUACAUAUACGGGCACAAGCAGCUGUUCGCUCGCUACUACCUCGAGCGCCUCUCCAACGGCCUCGGCCACAUCGAGGACUACGACUACUCGAGGAAGUUCUACAGCGGCUACUGGCCGACCAUGUCCUAUCCGAACGGCAUGCAGUUCCCGUCCAGGCCGCGCAACAGCCACUUCCCCAGGAGCAAGUUCCACAAGAUCCAGGAGAGCAGAGAGUACGAGACGCGGAUCGGCCAGGCCGUCGACUCGGGCAUAGCCUACACGAAGGAGGGCAAGACCGCCAAGCUGUACACGGCCGAGGGGCUCAACGUGCUCGGCAACAUGAUCGAGGGCAACGCCGACUCGUGCAACGAGCAGUACUACGGCAGCAUCGACAUGCUCGGCCGCAGCAUUCUCGGCUUCAACGUCGCGCCGCUCACGCCCGCCAAGCUGCAGCCGAGCGCCCUCGAGCACUUCGUCACGAGCAUGAGGGACCCCGCCUUCUGGAGGCUCUACAAGAGGUUCUUCCACCACUACUACAGGUUCAAGGCCAAUCAGAAGCCCUACAAGCCCGAGGAGAUCCAGUUCUACGAGUUCAAGAUCGAGUCCGUGCAGGUCGACAAGCUCGUCACCUACUUCGACCUCUUCGACGCGACCAUCAGCAACGGACUAGCCGUCGAGAGCGAGCAGCAAGCCGAGGCUUACUUGAUCCAAGCCCGCCAGCAUCGCCUCAACCACAAGCCGUUCAACGUCGUCGUUAGCGUCAACGCCGAGAAGGCGCACAAGGUCGCCAUCAGGAUCUUCCUCGGGCCCAAGUACAACGUGCACAUGCAGGAGAUCGACUUCACCGAGCACUACCACGAGUUUUACGAGAUGGACAACUUCAUUUACGACCUGAGUGCCGGCGCGAACAAGAUCACGCGCAACUGCCACGACUUCUUCUUCGUGGACCACGAGCCCGAGCCGAGCGAGGUCUACUGGCAAAAGGUGGCCAAGGGAAUCGAGAGCGGCGAGCAGCUCAAGCUGCAGAAGCGCAUCUUCGCCUUCCCCGAGCGCCUGCUUCUGCCCAAGGGCAGACCCGAGGGCAUGCCUCUCCAAUUGUUCGUUCACGUCGCGCCAGUUCAAAGCGACCCGGUGCUCUACACGUCGCGCGUCUUUGGCGACUCCUUGGUGGACGACCGAGCGUACAAUUAUCCGCUCGACAGGCCCAUCUCCGAAUUCGACUUUCACGGCGCCAACUUCUUCUUCAAGGACGUGCUCGUCUACCACCAGAUCGAGCACGACCACACCGUCAUUUUCUGAGCUCCGUAAGUUUCUCGGUUCGUCGGUGCUCCACUUCCAAGCUGCUUUUCCUUUUGUACGAUAUCCGUCGACGAACAAUCAUGUA